UCGGUUUUGUUUCUGGUGACUAAGAUGAUGAAGUGCGCGACGCGCUGCUUUUCCUCCAUACAUCGCGCAGCUCUAUCUGGCGCGGUCCUUAGCGGGUAUCCCUCAUGCAAGUACACCUAUUCGGUUUCGUUCUUUACUGCUGUCCAUUGUCGUCGGUCACUAUCUGUUCUGUCGUAAGUAUUACUUAUGGAUACCCGCUCAUUAAUUUCAUGUGUAUCAAUAUGACAAUAUACGCGAGGAAGUCAACUAGAAGCAAAAGCGCUAGACGUCAGGCCUGUGCAGCUGGACAUUUCCUUUCGUGAUACUGGUCUGGACUCCGGGCUUCUGCGACAUCGAUUGUG